AAUAUUGACCCGUUUGUUUUGGUUCUGAAAGAAUUGUUCACCGGUAAAUGUUGACCAAUAUUAUUUAAUUUACGAUUUAAGAUUAUAAUCAUUUCCACCUUAAAUAAAUAUUUCAACAAAGGUAAAUAUGAGUGAAUUUAUUAAAAAUGAAAUAUUUGGAAAAUAUCAAGAUUACCUCAACAACGAGCAGGAAUUACGUGAAAAAAUACGUGUUGUUACUCGAGAAUUGGAACAACACAGCAAAGAAGCAAUAAUCCAAUUGCAAGUAAUUCACAGUGAUAUUCAAAAUAUUGGAAACGCUUGUAUAGAAGCAAGAAAAAUUUUCGAAACCUGUAAGAACAGUUAUUCAGAUCUGGCUAAACUUGUCCCAAUUGGUCAAUAUUAUAGAUAUAACGAUCAUUGGUCAUGGACAACACAAAGGAUAAUAUUUUUAAUUGCUUUAACUUUUUAUUUAGAAACUGGAACAUUGGUAUCAAGAGAAGAAGCAGCAAGCAUACUAGGCCUUAAAACUUCACAACAAGAAGGCUUCAGUUUAGAUAUUGAAGAUUAUUUAAUGGGAGUUUUGCAAAUGGCUUCAGAACUUUCACGUUUUGCGACAAAUUCUGUCACUCUAGGUGAUUAUGAGCGUCCACUUCAAAUUUCUCGAUUUAUUGGUGAUUUAAAUUCUGGAUUUCGUUUAUUAAAUUUAAAGAAUGAUUCUUUACGUAAACGUUAUGAUGCUUUAAAAUAUGAUGUUAAGAAGGUUGAAGAAGUUGUCUAUGAUAUCAGUAUCAGAGGUUUGAAGGCUUCGAACCCAAUAUCAACUUCAGAAAAACCAGCUGAAUAAGAUUAUACAAAAUAUUUUUUAUAUGAAAUCAAACUAAUAUUUUUCUCAUUUUUAUAAAAUAUUUAAUGUAUUUCUAUUAUUUCAAUAAAGUUUCAAUUUUCAUAAUUAA